CCUUUCUUUAAGAAAAGCUUACGGUAGCACGGAUGCUGUAUUGUGAUUAUACUGUAGUUAUAAGAGUUUAUUUUUCUGUUUUAUUACGUCGGGUUAACUUCGCCCGGCAGUCCGGGGGAUGUGACACACUACAUCACGGAUCAGUAUAAUCACAUGGCCGUCCGCCUGGCUCGGCGUCUUAUUGGUCGCUAACGCACUCCUCAAGAUCUGAAUGUGCUUUCUUGGCUCAAAACUCGGGGAAUGAACCACAAGAGGCGAGUAGAUUGAAGUGAGCUCGCCCGUUCAUCUGCAAAGGCAGGUUCGGAAACUCCUGGACUGAGCUUCGAGAGAAGUUCGCCUGCAAAAGACAGACGCCCACUGAACUGUAACAUAGAUUUACAGUGGUACAUAUUGCAAUUAACUUCAAACUAGUCACGGAUUACAAGAUUGUCGGGACACUACAAAAGUAUAGAAGCGGAACCUUUGUGUUUUUAUGUUUACAUUUUUUUUUUUGCUACUGAAACGGACUUUGAAGACGCUUUUACAGCCCGUAUAACAACUGUUAUCAACUGGAUAUUAUUGUUUCCAGGAAACGGCGCCUUGGAUUUAAUGUCUGUUUUUGAAUGAAAAAUGAAAACCUUUUGCGUGAAAAAGCGGAUGACAUAAACUACAUAGAAUUGGAUGCGUUGUGUUAUGAAGCUGGUUAUUAGCGGUAUAUCGACAUAUCGGUGCGCUCAAAUAAUGCUCAAAAAGAAUAAAAAAUAACUGUAACCAACAGGGUCCCUGUCUCGGUUAUUAAAAAGCACUUGGACUUGUUGGUGCUGAUACGGGACUUCGGAAAGCAACUGUGAAAACUAGUGUUCUUGACAGAACAAGGAUUGCUGGCUCAAUCUGAUGGUCAAGAAGGCUUCAGGAUGUAACCAAAUCUUACAAUGCAAUAUGUAAACGAGGACAAACACAUUCACCUGACACCUGGAUACUCCACAAACACUGCCCCUUCCAAGCCACACUGCAGACGUCUUUUUCAGUAGACCCUCAGAAGCCUGCAUGCAAGGAGAUCUGAUAGAGUGAGGUGUUGCACACAGGGAAAGGUGGAAAACACAGGAGGCCUGGGAAUAUAGCACUUCUUUUGGAAAAACUGUCAAACCACAACAGAUCGUGCUGAUCUGUGGAAUUUUGUGGCUUCCGGUCCCUCCAUAUUGGGGAAAUUCAACUUUUUGCAUAUCCUCACCCUUUCAGAUCCCUUUCCUCUCUUUGUGCUGAGGUACAGUAGUCCCUGUGGUUUUUUCGCUGUGCGAGCUGCAGCGAUGGACUUUGAAGGGAGGCUCCAUCACUCCUGCCUGGUGUCUGUGCCACCUGCCUCACCAUGCUAGCACAUGACUCCCUGAUCUACAUUGUGCUGGAGCUGGUGAUUGCCGUGUUGGCGGUGCUGGGCAAUGUGCUGGUGUGUUGGGCCGUGUGUCUGAACAGCAAUUUGCAAAGCAUCACCAACUUCUUCGUGGUGUCUCUGGCGGUGGCCGACAUCGCCGUGGGCGUGCUGGCCAUUCCGUUCGCCAUCACCAUCAGCACCGGCUUCUGCGCCCACUUCCACGGCUGCCUCUUCAUCGCCUGCUUCGUCCUCGUCCUCACCCAGAGCUCCAUCUUCAGCCUCCUGGCCAUUGCUAUUGACCGCUACAUCGCCAUCAAGAUCCCUCUCAGGUACAACAGUCUGGUGACUGGCCAGCGGGCUAAAGGGAUAAUUGCCAUCUGCUGGGUUCUGUCAGUCAUUAUUGGGCUGACGCCCAUGCUGGGUUGGAACAAGUGCACCAACUCAAGCAACACCUCCCAGACCUGCCCUGAGGGCAUGAUGGCCUGCCUGUUUGAGGAGGUGGUCACUAUGGACUACAUGGUGUACUUCAACUUCUUUGCCUGUGUACUGGUACCCCUGCUGCUAAUGUUGGGCAUCUACUUGAAGAUCUUCAUGGCCGCCCGGCACCAGCUCAAGUUGAUUGAGCUCAAGGCCGUUCACGGGGAGAAGUCCCGGUCCAUCCUGCAGAAGGAGGUCCAUGCGGCCAAGUCCCUGGCCAUCAUCGUGGGGCUCUUUGCUGUCUGCUGGCUUCCUCUUCACAUCAUCAACUGUUUCACCCACUUCUGUCCUCACUGCCCUCGUCCUCCUAGCUGGAUCAUGUACCUGGCCAUCAUCCUGUCCCAUGCCAACUCUGUGGUCAACCCUUUCAUCUACGCCUACCGCAUCCGGGAGUUCCGCCUCACCUUCAGGAAGAUCAUCAGGCGCCACGUCCUGGGCCGCAAGGAGCAGUUUGAGGGCGGCAGCGCCAGCACCAGGACUUCCACCCACGCAAGCGUGGCGGAAAACCCCACAGGCAAAGCCAACGGCUGCCCGCUGGAUUUGUACACCGAGCGCCAGGGCGGACAGCUCUGUAACGGCCACAGGCCACCUGGGGAGAACCCCCCAAACAGACAGCUGGGCGUAAACAAGGCCCACUCAGGAUUCAUCCCCAACAGCCAUCUUGUGGACAUUCCAUUGUCGUCGCCACGGAAACAGCAGUCUCAGCGCCAGCAGCACAACAGAGGCCUCGCUUUUUGUACAGAGCUGCCUGAUGUGAAAGGGACCAAGGAGCUGUGUACAGUUCAGGUCAAAUCGCUGUUUUAUGAAAAGGCCACUCAAUGUCCAGACCUCACACAAGUGUCCUGAUAUUUUUAUCAGGACUGUAUCCAUCAGGACAUGAAGCUGUCUUGCAGUAUUUAUUGUCUCCUGUCUUACAUGAGGAAAGAGGAACCUAAUGUUCUGUGUACAAUGAACUUGAAAAUCGGAACAGACGACAUUUUAGGUUCACCUUGCACUGAGGGAAUGUGGGUGCAAAGGUCAGAGUUCAAGCUGAAAGUUGCGGGACACUACCUUUGUCACCCUGUGUUUCACAAACCACUGAUUUUGGAGGAGGAGUUGAGAAUGAAUAUUUAGGCUUAAAGCCGUUCGCUGUCCAAGUGUUAUUACUGUUCCUCAAACUGAGAUUGAAAUUAUUUUUUAAUAUUUAAAUGAAGACAUGCCUGAGGUAUAUGUACAGAAGCACUGAGAUAUUAGGAAGCAGCUUUCUGUCCCACAGGUUACAAUAAACCUUAGUCUGAGAGGAUUUUCAAGAGGCUGCUUAAAGUCUUAACCACUCUGGGGAAAGUCUAAAAAAUUCCCAUUUGGAAGACCAGCCCCGGCCUUAGGCUGUGACCGUAACACUUCCAAUAAUAAUUAUUUAAGGAAGAAGAAGCCAAGUUAACUUUUAUGUGGAUGUUUUGUUGUUUUUUUAUUUAUAUAUUGUUGUUUAUACAUUUUUAAAUGAUUGAUAGCCUAUAAUUAGGCACAGAUACAGAUCCCUAAUUAUAUUCUUGCUUGAGCACCCCUUCAUGUUAGAAGUGCCUGUCUGACGCAUUUGUUCUGUAAUUGUGGUGGUAACAACACGGAAGGUCGGCCAUCACCACAUUGUAGGGAUGAGCACAAGGUCACAUAAUUAGGGGUCUCUGCUAUUUAUUCAGAGUUGACUGGAGGAGAUGUUUUGUAGCCAGACUUUUUCCUAAGGAUACGAUUUCUCCCUGUCAUUUCCACUUCAGUUUUUAACCACAUCUUGUUUCCAAACAAGUGCAUUCUUAGUAUCAGAUGCAGUAUUGAGUAUUCAGUCUGUCUGUUGUUUAGCCAGCAAGGAGAAGAAAAAAAAUCAUUGUUAAUCAAUUAGGC